UGGUUAGCCACACCGGUAGGCUGCAAGAAGACCAAAGCACAACGUGCGUAGGUACUGACAGCAGGGCUGGGGAAGAGCUGUUCAGAUCCAGUUGAUGAAAUUCGUGCGGGGGUGGAGAAGGAGGCGGCAGGAGGGUGGUCAGCUCCAACCGGCGGGCUGCAGACGGUGAGCGCGGCGCUCGGCCCGAGCUGCGGGGAGCGGGGCCCCUCGGGCGGCCCGGCAGCUCUCCUCACGGCCCGCCGCGGGCGGGAGGGCGGAGGAAGCGGCGGCGGGCGGAGCGCCCCUUCCCCGUGACCCCGCGGCUCCUCCCUUCUCCCCACGCACCUCCCCGCUCCUCAGUGCCGCCGAGUAACCUGGUUUCCCGGCGCCGGCCCGGCCCUCCUCCCUCUUUUCUUUUCUUUUUUUUUUUUUUUUUCUUUCCCUUUUCUUUCCUCCCCCCUCCCCUUCCUCCUCCUCCCCCUUCACCCGACAGCGUAGCCGGGGCUUGGGCUCGCUCCCUCCCCCCCUUCCCUCCCCUCGAGCUGCUGCCGCGGUAGGGACCUGGAGAGAGGCGCCGCCUCCGCCGCCGCACACGGAGACAUGUACCCGGGAGCCACCUCCGCCGGACCCGUGCUUGCACCUCCUCCACCGUUGCCACCACCAAUACAGGGAUAUGCCUUUAAACCCCCACCUCGACCAGAUUUUGGCACUUCUGGGAGAACAAUCAAACUGCAGGCCAACUUCUUUGAAAUGGACAUUCCUAAAAUAGAUAUCUACCAUUACGAAUUGGAUAUAAAGCCAGAAAAAUGCCCUAGAAGAGUUAACAGAGAAAUAGUGGAGCAUAUGGUUCAGCACUUUAAAACCCAGAUUUUUGGGGAUCGCAAACCAGUGUUUGAUGGAAGAAAAAACCUUUAUACAGCUAUGCCGCUUCCCAUUGGGAGAGAUAAACAGGUGGAGCUGGAGGUCACGCUGCCGGGAGAAGGAAAGGACAGAAUAUUUAAGGUGGCUAUAAAGUGGAUGUCCUGUGUGAGUUUGCAGGCUUUACAUGAUGCUCUUUCUGGUCGGCUGCCGAGUGUCCCGUUUGAAACCAUCCAGGCACUGGAUGUAGUGAUGAGGCACUUGCCUUCCAUGAGAUAUACUCCUGUGGGGCGAUCUUUUUUUACAGCAUCGGAAGGGUGCUCAAAUCCAUUGGGUGGUGGCAGAGAAGUUUGGUUUGGCUUCCAUCAAUCAGUCAGACCUUCAUUAUGGAAAAUGAUGUUAAAUAUUGAUGUGUCUGCAACCGCGUUUUACAAAGCACAGCCAGUUAUCGAGUUUGUAUGUGAAGUUUUGGACUUCAAAAGUAUUGAAGAACAACAAAAACCUCUGACAGAUUCCCAAAGGGUAAAGUUUACCAAAGAAAUAAAAGGUCUUAAGGUGGAGAUAACACACUGUGGACAAAUGAAAAGGAAGUACCGAGUGUGCAACGUCACCAGACGACCAGCAAGUCACCAAACAUUCCCACUUCAGCAGGAGAAUGGACAAACAGUUGAAUGCACUGUAGCUCAGUAUUUUAAGGACAGGCACAAAUUAGUUUUACGCUAUCCUCACCUUCCAUGUUUACAAGUUGGACAGGAGCAGAAACACACAUACCUUCCUCUUGAGGCAAGUAAAAUAGUGGCAGGACAAAGAUGCAUAAAGAAACUCACUGACAAUCAAACUUCCACUAUGAUUCGAGCAACUGCCAGAUCAGCACCUGACCGUCAAGAAGAGAUUAGCAAAUUGAUGCGGAGUGCAAGUUUUAAUACCGACCCUUAUGUUCGUGAAUUUGGAAUAAUGGUCAAAGAUGAAAUGACAGAUGUGACUGGUAGAGUCCUACAGCCUCCUUCGAUCCUCUAUGGAGGCAGGAAUAAAGCAAUUGCUACACCAGUUCAAGGAGUCUGGGACAUGAGGAAUAAACAGUUUCACACUGGAAUUGAAAUAAAGGUUUGGGCAAUUGCAUGCUUUGCUCCCCAGCGCCAAUGCACUGAAGUACAUCUUAAGUCCUUUACAGAACAACUGAGGAAGAUUUCCAGAGACGCAGGAAUGCCAAUCCAGGGGCAGCCGUGCUUCUGUAAAUACGCGCAGGGAGCUGACAGUGUGGAGCCCAUGUUCAGACACCUCAAGAACACUUAUACUGGGCUGCAGCUUGUUGUAGUAAUUUUGCCAGGAAAAACGCCAGUCUAUGCGGAGGUGAAGCGUGUUGGCGACACUGUGCUGGGAAUGGCUACGCAGUGUGUUCAGAUGAAAAAUGUGCAAAGAACAACACCGCAAACUCUGUCUAACCUUUGCUUGAAAAUAAAUGUCAAGUUAGGAGGCGUAAAUAAUAUUUUACUGCCACAGGGAAGACCGCCAGUAUUUCAACAGCCAGUCAUCUUCCUUGGUGCAGAUGUAACUCAUCCGCCAGCUGGAGAUGGGAAAAAGCCUUCCAUUGCUGCAGUUGUAGGAAGCAUGGAUGCUCAUCCUAAUCGAUACUGUGCCACUGUUCGGGUCCAGCAGCACCGCCAAGAAAUCAUUCAAGAUUUGGCUGCCAUGGUCAGGGAGUUGCUUAUUCAGUUCUACAAGUCAACCAGAUUUAAACCAACUCGUAUCAUCUUCUACAGAGAUGGUGUUUCUGAGGGGCAGUUUCAACAGGUUCUUCAUCAUGAAUUGCUGGCUAUCAGAGAAGCAUGCAUUAAACUAGAAAAGGAUUACCAGCCCGGAAUUACAUUUAUAGUUGUGCAGAAAAGGCAUCACACCAGACUCUUCUGUACAGAUACAAAAGAACGGGUUGGAAAGAGUGGAAACAUUCCAGCAGGUACCACAGUGGACACAAAAAUCACCCAUCCAUCAGAGUUUGACUUUUACCUUUGUAGUCAUGCUGGUAUUCAGGGAACAAGCAGACCUUCUCAUUACCACGUCCUCUGGGAUGACAAUCGUUUCUCUUCAGAUGAACUGCAGAUUCUUACCUACCAGCUGUGUCAUACGUACGUACGCUGUACUCGUUCAGUUUCCAUCCCUGCACCAGCAUAUUACGCUCACCUGGUUGCCUUCAGAGCCAGGUAUCAUCUGGUGGAUAAAGAACACGAUAGUGCUGAAGGAAGCCACACUUCCGGCCAGAGUAAUGGCAGAGAUCAUCAAGCACUUGCUAAAGCAGUUCAAGUUCAUCAGGACACAUUGCGCACUAUGUACUUUGCUUGACAUGUUUUAAUGUUUAGCGACUCAGUACAAUACGGAGUUGGAUUCACGUGAGACCAGCUGCACUUAGACCAACAGUUGCCCAAGCUACAGUGACAGCCAGCAAUGAGUGAUGCAUCUUAAUUUUUUUUCCCAUUUGCGAGAAAGCCUUCCGUCCAGAAUUUCAGACUUGAUUAUGAACUGCAUUCUUGUACCAAACCCCACUAUUGUUGGAAAUGUGGUUUGCCAAAAAUCUCUAAGCUGCUUGGUAUAAAACAGACCCAUAUUUUAUAAUUAAAUCAAGAGCUGUGAUCUCAGGGCUUAGGGACGAAAAAACAAAACAACAACCCAACCCACAAAACUCCUCGGUCAGUUUGCUAUUCAUUGAAUUGCUUUUAAUAAUUUGGAAAGAUCUAAUUCAUACUAAAGUUUGAUGGGCUAAAAUGCUGUGAAUUAGCUUUUAAUACAAAGGAAAGCAAAGCAUUUUUUGACUAUUUAUGAAGCCUUGAUUAUUCUAGAUGCAUUUACAAAAUUUUUAUUUUCAAAAGAAAAGAGUGACAAACUUCUGGUUUUCAACUGUCUUAUAAAGAUUAUCCUCUGUGUGUCUAAGGGCAAAAAUAUUUUCUGAAGCUUGUUCUUGAAUGUUUUUAUUGUGCUGCAUUUGAAAAUGUUUUUCAUAGACUAAAGAAUUUUAAAAAAAGAAUGAACUUGUACCUAAGCUUUUAAUAGGUCCAGUUAGAUUGGCAAAAGAAAAUGUGCCAUUUCAAAAAAAAAUUUCUAAAGAAUUUUUUUUUAAGCAUAGCGACAGCUAACUUUAGAGUUUGUCAUACAGGACUGUGACACUUACUUUCCAAAGUCUCUAAAGAAUACGGGUCUGUGGUGAUAAAUACAGUACAAUCCUUUUUCACUGUUGAGUUAAUGUAAAUUUUAUAUAUGUUUCACAGUAUUAAUGUGAUAGACUAGAGGCUAUUAUUUAUUUUUAUUUACUAAGGAGUGCUCAUUAUACUUCUGUUAACAUAUCAAGAAUGCUUUGGAUUUAGAAAUCAAAACCUUAUUGUGGGGACAUUACUAUUCAACUGCAAAAAUAUGCAAUUGACUUUGAUGUGAGAGUUGAGAUACGUACAGUGUCUGUUGUAUAGCUUGUAACUUGUAGAAAGGCUUUUUAAGCGUGCACACAACAUAGCAGGUUUUACCUGUGCAGUUCAGAGACGCACACGAGACCAACAUCCUACAUUCAUUCAAGCACAAAACAAUUGUAUUUUAUUUAUAUGUUGAAUAUUGGUGAAGCAGGCGCUCUAAUAGAGGAGAGUGGCUCACUGUUUGCAGCUUAGACAGAAGUCAGAGAAUCUAUGCAGUAAAGAGAAAUCUUAGGAAACUGACGUUUACUUAUGAAGGGAGGCGAAACUCUCUUCAUUAUGCAUAAGGUCAAUAGUAAAUAUGAGAGUUUUGCCAUUCUCUUAGGAGAAGCAUUAAUUAAAGCUGAUAAUUUUUAGACAAACGCUUCUGUUAGUUUGCACACUGGGUUCAUAAAAAAACCAUAAUACAUAUGUAAACCAUUGCACUAAUUAAUUAUAACGCCACAAGCAGGUUUAGAAAAAAAUGGAAAAAGCCCAGGAAACUUGUUUAUGCUGACUCGAUUUUGUUUGUUUUUCAUAGGAUAACUGAAAUAACAUGCUAAGAGGCAGGUGUUUAAAACUUCAUUCUCUUCCACUGAUUCAUUUUGCUUCAUCUCUUCCCUUUUAGCAGAUGCUCAGUCACUGUUUUAAAUACAUUUACCUCUAGCCACUGAGAUGGGCAAGUAGCUUUAACCAGCACAGAGGUCUGUGCCAUAUAGCAGAGAGACUAUAUAGCCAGUUGCUGUUGAAUAAGCUAGAAAAUGCCCAACCUUUGCUGCAUAAAGAGUUUUAGGUACAUAACUUUGUGCAAGUUCAGAUCUUCUUUACCUUGGAGCGGUGUGUGUGUUGUUGGUGUUGUUCAGGUGAAAUAACAAUGUAAAAUCUGUUAAUAGAUUAAUUGUAUUAUUCUAAUUCGGUGAUUAGGCUGCUGGGUCAGGUUUUGUUCUUGGCCAUAGUUAUGUAAAUCCAGAUCUUAAAUUAUGCUGGCGUAACAGAAAGCAAAUUCCACGUUGCUUUGUGUUGCAGCCAGGUUGUACAUACCUCCCCUCAAGUACUGCUAAACUGCAAAACCUUUCCAUGGUCGGUAUGUUGCACUUCUCUGUGCGUUUGCUUUAGAGGCUUCAGUUUUCAGUGAAGGUUUUAAUUUGGCAGAAUUUUAUAUAAGAAUUUUUUAAAUGUGAAUUAUCCUUAAAUAGGACAAAGAUCAACCAUUUUAAGACACCAUUUAGUUUAUUUGCUCUUCGUUAUGCAGAGACCUCUUGGACGUAAAAUUCAUCCUCCUCUUUCCUCUCUGUGCAGAUCUGGAAUGAAUGACUUUAUACAGGUGGUCAGGUGGGGCGAGGAAGGCAGAAUCUCUCUUGACCUCAAACCUUAUUUCUGAAGCAGACUGUGGGACUUCAGUGCAUCUGCUUUGGGAUGUAUUCUUUGGGCUGCAAUAGUCGUUGCAGCUCCUUUUUGUGAGAAAAGGUGUAUUAAGCAGACCCUUAAUCUGAGAGUAGCUGUUGUCUGUGUAUCCUCUUGAAAUGAACGGAAACUUUGUGUAGCUUUCCUUCCCUGAGUAUGAAGAACUUGGGAUGGUUAUAUGCAUUUCAGGCUAGGGACACUUUUACCUUUUACAGAUCUUUUUAAGGCUCUAAUACUGCUAAUUCUUUAUGGCUGGAUUUCUCCUUCCUUUCUCCUCUCCUUUCACCGCCCCCCGCAAGUGGUGAAUUACUGAAUAAUUUAGUGUUUUUCUAAAAAAAUAUUAGGUAUAUACUUAGUUGCUGGGCUUACAGCAUGCUUUCAAUCUUCCUGGGAAUAUUUUUAAUAUAAAUAAUGUAUUCAGAAUUGUCUCCUGUCAGGGCGGGGGAAAACCCAACAAACCCCACUAUGAACACCUAAAACCUUACUCUUACUUUUUUUUUCUUCUUACCUCCCAUGUAUCUUGUAAGAACAGCGAUAUCUCAGGUAAACACAAAGCUCAAGAUGUCUCUAUGUCACACACAUUCCUGCUGUUAAAGUCACAGUCGAGGUUGACAGUUAUAACCACUAAGUCACUAUGCAGCUCGGGUCAGCAAUAACCAAAUACUCAUUACUCUCUGGCAGCCUGUGCAACGGAGUUGCGUGACUCCUGUUGCAAAACAGCGCUGGGCAGGACCUCAUCCCUUGCAUUCCUCUUGCUCUCCGUUAUGUUCCUGGCAAUGACGUUUUGCUUGAAUUUAGCCGUCGGUGCAGGUGAUCCUGGUGCUUAGCUGUCUGAAUACUGAUAGUAAUUGCAUGCUGAUGACAAAAAUAUGUUAUUCCUGUUGCAGGCAUGAGCGGUAUGAUGGACAAACUGACCACUGCCAUUACUGCGGUAUUUCUGUUGUUUUUAAGAGUGUGCUUGAGAGAUGAGCAGCUAUUAAUGAGUGCCUGCUAUGGAUUAGUUUUCUCAGAGUUUUUUUGUUGUUGUUGUUGAAAUGGUAACACUAUUGAAACAAAAGUAUUCAAAGACUGAAGUAGGUUGUAGAUUCUCUGUCCUUGAAGAGGUUGAAACUUGGCUGAACAGGUCCCUGCGCAGUCUCGGCUCGCUGGACCUGCCUUGGGCAGGGGGCUGGCCAGACAUCUCCAGGGAGCCCUUCUGAAGCACGUGGUUCUGUAGCAACCCCCCAAAAACCAGCAGCAGCAAGUGCAAAAUGCCUCCUGUUGGGAGGCAAAAAAUAAUAUUGACCAAGAUAAAAUACUUAAGUUGUGGGGUUUUUUAAUGUAGGAGAUAUAAUGCAAUAAUUAGCUUGCUUAGUUUUGGAAAUUUCUGCUCCAGUGGCUGAAUAUCAUAACCUGUCCACUGCACCUCUUCUAGCACCCAGCAACAGAGUUGAGUCGGUCCUUAAGAGGAAAUAUGCUGUUGUGAAAUGUUGGAAGUAGGUGGAUUUGUCUCUGCCUUGUAGUUUGGCAUUCAAGAUAGCCCUAUGCAAUCUUAAUACUUCUAGUUUGUAUAUAUGCACUGAUGUACGGAGUGAGAUCACUUGUUUCUGUUAGAAUUCCUUAUUUUGGCUUGGUUUGGGUUAGAAUAUUUCAUCAACCAUAUUUGGCUUGCUGAAUUACAAUCAAUGAUCUUCCAUGCUACAGAAGCUUUGGCAUAUUAAUUUCCUUGUUUCCAGAUCUGUCAGGUUCUGGGUGAGCUGUUAGGGAAAGGUGUCAUGUCUUAAUCUGCUGGAGCCAGCAUCGAAAAUGGACAGUAAACUUUUAUGCUUAAAACAAGAAAUCCAUAAAUAAGUAUUUUUGAUCGCCAUCCAGGCCUCCAGGCAAUGUUCCCCUAUUGUAAAAGCAAAAAAAGUUGUGAAGCUUUAGCUUUAAUUCUGACUCUAUCAAUAACUCCUGUAGCCUUUCUCCAUUUCAAAUAUUGUCAUGUUCAGAUGUUAGUAGGUCGUUUUUAUAGCUAAGGCAAGAGAGAAUAUUUCCACAAGGCUUUUUAAUUUUAAACUUUUGAAUGGUAGGAGUCGGGGCUUAGGCUUUGUGUGCCCAGAUUAUGUUCUGAAAAGAUUGAAGGUUCUAGUCAAGGUGCUUUAGAAGCUUUUAUCUAAAGUAUUACGUGUGCGUGCACAAAGUCUUUCCGUUAAAUAGAAGAUGGUAAUCUGGAGGGCGUCGCACACUGCCACCAGUGUUGUUUUCUUUACUGCAGCAGCAGAUACCUCAAAUACAGUGGUCAUGUGCAUCUCGCCUGGAGAAACCCCGAUCUUUCUCAUGCCAAUGGAUCUCUAAAAUGUAACUGAGAGCAAGGAUAGGAGGAAGGUCUGCGUUAACACGCCCCCAGCCAAAUUUAGUGGAUUGCUCUGGGCUUUUUCUUUUCAGGAAGAGUGUUGCUAUUCUGAGGUGAGAACAGAUUGGUUCUGCAGGUCACAAUUAUUCAAAGAUUCAAGUACUAGAAAUGCAGGCCUGGGAACUUUGGAGAUUUAGAUGGACAUAUUUGCCUUUUGACAUAAUCCAGUAAGUAUCUCUGGUGGCAUAGAUAACCCAUAAGGGACUUCUUUUUUUCAUUAAAGAGAUCUUUUACACAUGAAAGGAAUGUAAAAAAAAGUUCUCACUCAGUGUUUUUUCACACUUGAUACCAGUGUAAAAAAAUCACUUUUUUUCCUCUUUUUUUUUUAAUAUUCUUCUCCUACAGUAGCAUCUCUUUUUGUGUAUUUGUCCUGCCAGUGUGUCUUCCUCAAUUUGUAACGCAGGACAGUACAUUUUUAAAAUUUGUAUAUUACUUUUGGUAACAUGCUUCUUGAUGCAUACAUGCAGUCUUUUCUAAGGAAAACUUCAAGUAGAGAAGGUAAUUGCACUGAUUAUUUUUUUUUUUUUAAACUCCCUUUUUACUGUAAGACUUCUUUUUGCAUCUGCUGUAGCUGUUUAAAAAUACUGUAAAUAGUGCUGUGUAUAGCAAAUACUGAAACGCUGUGGAUACCAUUCCUUGUUCUUACAUGUUUCGGAAUACUGCCACAUUUUACAGUAUUGAGAUAUGAGCUUUGGUUUUAAAUGGUGUUAUACUUUCUGUUUGCAUUAUGGUAUGAAUCCAAGGGCACAGUUGUUUUAUUACAGUGGAAAUAUUUAGGGUUUGUAUUUAUAAAAUAUUUCCUCCUUCUCUCCUCUAUGCACAUUUCUCCCACACUGUAAAGAUACAAAGGCAGCUUUUAAGCUACCAGCGUGCUUGAUGUCUGUGCAACAUUCAGAUGCCGAUCUUUGAUAUCACUGUUAGAUGACUAAUAGCAUUAAUGUAGUAUCCGGACUAUCAACUCUAGCUGUCACAUGUUUUCCUUGCUGCUUUCAGUGUCUGAUUCUUGUGUCAUCUGAAGAAGAACCGGUCUGUGUGGCAGAAUUAGUGGAAUAAUAGGGACUUUGGAUCCGAGCUAAAAUGCUUUGCUCUCUGUCCCUCUGUGGGUGUGGGAUUGUUGAGUGCGGUUCAGAGCACUAAAACAUCCACUAAGGAAUAGUGUUGCCUCUCUGAGUGCCCACAUGAGAAAGCCAUCAAUCUCCUAUCUGUCAGUAGUUGCCUUUUGCUCUGUAACCCUCGAGGACAGGAGAGACCCAAACUCCAGCCCCGUUGCCUAGCAUUAAGAUGUGAAACAGCAAGUUUUGCCUCCUGUUUCUGGGGGUUAAUGACUGGAAAGGUGCGUUAAUCCAAGAUGGCUUUAAUCUGAAGGAUAUGGUUUGUUUGUUGUGUGUGUGUGUGUGUGUGUGUGUGUGUGCGCGCGCGUGCUUGGUGUGGCACAUAACCCAUUUUAUCUCAUUUAGUGUUUCAGUUGCUUUUUCUGUGUUGUUUCUUUGCCUAAAGUGUUAAUAUGAAUGUAAUGGCUUGGCCAAAUCACUACAAAAGGUGGUUUUGUAGUACUCUUUAGUUAGCAAGCAGAUGCAGUUAAAGGCUACCUCCUGUGUUCCUCCACAGAUGAAUUAAUUUUUAAAGUGAACCUACUACUAAGCAGCCAAAAUACUCCCAAAUGAACUGUAUUUUUACUAUUUUUUUUUUCUUGCUGGAGAACUAGCAGUGCCAUACUGUGAUCUUGGACGGCUGCUCGUCGCUCCUAAUGUCUUCCUAAGGCGUAGAUGUGGCUUGUGUUGAUGCAAGGUAUUAAGAAGGUAUCAGAAAUGGUGAGGCAAUCGCACAUCUGACACGUUCGCUUUUGUGCAGGUUGCGACUCCCUCUGUUACCUGUCCCGUCACUCACUGAGUUUGUAUACUGUUGUUUCCAAAUGAAAAAUGUUUUUGUACUUUAGCUAUUGGCUGAAAAUUUUCAUGUUUUCACUGAAAAUGACGUGAAGGUGCUUGAAAUAUAUUCAGAAUCUGAGGCAAAAGUUAUGUAUUGGAAUAUUUUUUUAAUGUCUUUUUUGAUAAGUUAGCAUGAGACUGUAACAGUGAAAAUACUAUGUUCCCUGCUCAGAUAAUGAUAAACUUUAAAAUGGGAGGGAGGGAACAACCAAAACAAAACACCAAAAAACAAGCCCAAACUUAAGUACGCUGAUGUUGUGGCUAUUUAGUGUCAGUUAUGUGCAAAGCUUUGGCCGUAAAUCAACCUUGAAAUAAGUGCACGCAGACUAAAGGUGCUUUAAAUGACCUGAAAUGAAACUGUAGAAAACUGUGUUAAUACAUCGUAUUUUGUUUACAACUAGUCCAAACAAGCUUCCUCAUUUUAUAAUUAACCACUCUGCUGACAGAAAUACUACCUGUUGAAGCAUAAUGCACUGGUGUGGUUUCAUAGCAGUGUUAAGAGUUUUGUUGUUUGUUUUUUCUUUUUAUUUAAAAGUAUGUUACAGACAUUGGCAUCUCAGAAGUAAAUUUGCUGGGAUUCUAUGCUACCUGCAAUUUCAUUAUCUUAAUCUUUGGGUGUAGACACUAACGAAGCUUGCUGACGGCAGGGAGGAUUGCUGAAGUUCUGACUUUCUGGAAGCCAAUUCUUGUUGAGCAAUGGUGAGUGACUGUAUAACUAAGCUCACUAAUAACUGAAUGGGGUGAAAUCCUGAAAACUUUAUUCAGUUCUCAUUUAUAAUUUAACAAAGCUCCCCCUGAAAGCAUGAAGGGUUUUGCUCUAGGGUAAAUGGCUGCUUUUCAGAAAAUAUUUCACUACAUCUUGCAUUAUGGAUCCAUAGACACUAUUGACAUUGCUGUGGCCUGGAAGGGGUUUCACUGUGCAGUCGUGCUGAACACACUUCUCUGGCAGCAUAUCCUUGUAAAAUGACAAGAGCAACGUUGUGUGCUUUCUAGGCUAGGUCCGCAAACCCAAAGCAGCAUCAGGAAGUUUAAGUGACAAGAGCGCCCUGUGCUGGGUGCUUGUCACGCUUGUAUAGAAGAGAAACACCCCCUGUGCUAUGCCAGUUACCCCAUCCCUCAUGGAAAUGAGAUAAGGAGGCGAGGGGAAACAUAAUCUUGCAAAACUGCUAAUUAAGCACUUGUUAAGGUGACAGUUAAAUAAUACUCUCUUUGUUUUCCUUCUGGCUUCCCUGCGAGGGGCUCCCAAGGGCAGACAGAGCUGUGGCACAGCCCCUUGCAAAUCCCCCACCCCACACACAUCCAUGGGCCUCUUCCCCAAAAGGGGAAUGUUGGUGGGCAGUUCCCUCAAGGGGACUUCUGGUUUCAGCCCUCCGUAUCACAGGGCAUUGGACUUGGUUGGAGCAAGGACAGGGGCGUUCACUGAAUUUGAAGGUGUGAGGUUGGCGAGAGCUAGUCUUGGGAGUGUCGCAUGUGGCAGCGCGAAGAAAGUGGACCCACAGCACGAGAUGAAGGCUGGCUGCUACCUUCCUCCUGUCUAAACAUCCUCAAAAGAGUAAUUGCCUUGAAUUUGUCCAUGCACUGCCUCAAGAAAUGCAUCUUAAAACUACCUGUGGCUACUCUUCAACCAACCAACCUACCUACCUAUGUUGUUUUGAAGAGCCUAGUAUUUGCAUUACAAGUCUGUAUUAAAGGGCAUAUUCAUUUCUACAUGGUUCUUAUGAGUGCACAGAUUUUAGUUUGGGCUUUUUUUCCCCACCCUUUGGACGUGCUGUUGUACCAGGCUGCUUUAGUUCUGUUGGUUUGGUUUUUUUUUUUACCCCCACUUCUUUAAGCACAACUCAAAUACCUGCUGGAAUAACUGCUGUCUAAUCAUCAGCAGGGAUUACGUACAUAUAUGAUUAACCUGGGGGCAAGCCUAGGAAUUGUGCCUGAAGUAUAAACUGAAACUUUUCUGGCAUUUUAUGGUGUUUUGAGUGUGCGUGGCAAGCAUGAAUUGUGAAAAGGUCAGCAAGCAAGCUUGGGAGUUUCUAAUCCCCUGGCUGAUGCUCUUUGUAUUUGCUUUGUUAGGUUAGAUUUCCUGUUAGGAAAAAAAAAUACAUUUAAUGUGAACUCUAUUCUGUAUUUAUCAGCUUUUCCUGUUUUUAAAUCCAAGAAUAGAGGAAGCUUCACUCGUGCCAGUAUACAUAGAUUGCACAUUUUUGCUUGCCAUGUACUUGACUCAGAGCAGAUCUGGUCUGUGCGUUAUGGACACCCCAAAAUCUCAGCUACUUGAUCAUGUGCUGUGGGCAGGAUCAAACCUAUCGUGUAUCAACCUAACACACAAAGGAGUUCAUUUCUAGAUUUCACCAAAGUUAUUUCUGCAUCAAUGUGAGAUGCCUGGAUCCUGCUGCUUCUGUGCUGUUAAAAAAAUUAGUUAUAUUGACGCUAAUUUUCUUGCACCUGAUAUGUUUUCUCAUGGAACUUAACAAGACCGAGCCCUUAAAUUGCUCCUCCUUUACAAAAGACAACUUGAUAAUUUUAAAGUAAAUAACGUGUCUCUAAUUGCCUGACCAACUUGAAUCUUUAACUGAUCUGCAGUUGUCUGUCAGUGUCGGAUCCCCAGAAUGUCUCCUGCCAAGAGAUUGUUGCAUUUUUCCAGUUCUUUAUUACCUGGUUUUGGGCAGUAGAAAUAAGUUGAGUACAUGGAGGGGAAGGGUUAGGUAUUAAGUGCUUUUCCUUAAGGAAUAAUUACCAGUAGACCAUUUGGGAAAGCAAGGCAUUUUGUUGUGGGGGUAAGAAAGGGUGGGGGAGGUGUUAAAAACAAAAAAGCUACUAAGGAGUAAGUUUCAGAACUACGUAUCUUGGAAAAUCACAUUUUAAAUUAGGUGCAAUGAGGAUGUGUAUCUGGCAAAGUUACGUGCUCUCCUGAAGUGUAGCCAUUUGUUUUCUGUAAUUUGUUGAUGUAGCUUAGUAGACAUUAUAUAUAUGUGGGGGUGUGUGUAUAUCUGUAUGGGUGUAUAUGUAUACACACACGCAUGUUAGUGAAAGUGGGACUGUUUAUAAAAGAUAUAAAGGCAGUAUUUUGCAGGAAAUAAUAAGCACAAUUUCUCUGGCUUCCACAGUCCUUCAUUAGUUUGUACAAUCACAAAAAUCUCAAAAUUCAGGGCAGUUCAUCAGUCCCAGAUUUCUGUGCAGCAAAGUGGUUAACUUGAUCUAGGGAGGGUGAGAUGGAAAACAGAAUGUAUUGAUUAAAUCCAUAUUUCUCCUUAAUUUUGGUACAUUGCAGAUUUAACUGUCUAAAACUGUUUAAAACUGGUUUUAAUCCUUUGUUUAAUAGUUUUCAAAUUUUUUUUAUUUUUAUAAAAUAACUGAAAAAGAACCAAAAAUCAAUUCAGAAAUUUCAUAUUGUAAAUGUUCCCUUGAAUCAAAAUGUUUUUAUGACCAUUUAAAGUUUGCUAUUUUUUGAAAGAAAAAAAGAAAAAGAUAUGCUGUUAAGGGCCUCAUUUCAAGUGGUACUAAAUGUAUGAUGACUAGUUUGUGUGUUGCAUCUGUAUUAAAACAUAUUGUGCUUGCAAUAUAUAAAUGAUGUAGUGCUGUUUGAGUAAGACUAGCACUUGUAAUACAAAAAAGCAGACACAGAAAUGACUCGACUGACUUCUAAAUGCAUCAACGGCGUCAUAGGAUUUACUAUGUAGAUUGUAGGUGUCGCUUUACGUUACUCAAACGAUGAGGUUUCACGUAGGUGUGCGUAGUUCAAAUACAUUGUAUGUAUCUUGCUAAGGUAGUUUAACGUUUGCAUGAUGCUGUGUGGCGAUGCCGCUUUAAGCCUUAACAAAAACGAUAAAUUGGUCAGAUUUUUCUCAGAGUAUGCAAAAAUACUGUUUAAUGAGAGCAGGAUGUUCCUAUAAAGCCGAACUAGUAGUAAAGGAAGUCUUCUCACCUGAGAAAGGGAAACUUGCAGAUCUGUAUGCUGUGACUGACCUCUUUAGGCACUGCCUGUCACUGUUGCUCUACAGAAACUGGGCUGUCGGGCGUUCCUUUGGCAGUUUACCAAAAACAGGCUUUCGCAAAUCUCAGCUUUUUUUUUUUAUUGUUUUUUUGGACAUAUUCUCCUCCCUCCCCCUGCUAGGCAACCUUUGUGUGAGGGAGGAUUAUGAUUUAACACUUAAAUUUACAUGGGGGGGAAAAAGCUGUUCUUGAGUUCUGUGCUUGCUUCAGAUAGUGCCAUUGUUUCCACUUCUUACGACUGACAUAUAAUCCUUAAAACAUUUUUAAAGAGGCAAAUAAAGUGUUGGGGACCCAGCUUUUUUUUUUAUUUUUUAUUUCAAUUUGGAUCUACCUCAUUUAAACAGUUGGGUGCUAUUUACUCAAAUUGUCGAUGAGAUUGGCAAAAGCGACCAAACUGCGUGUGAUGACUGACCUCUUCGGAGGCGGUGUUCUGCGAACCAAAACCUCGGGGUUUAUUCUUCAGAGACAACAAUAUUGUAUUUGAGUUUUAUUCUUUGUGCCUUUGUGUUUUUUUUCCCAGUGCAUAACAAUCAAAAGUCAUAUUCGUAAUUAAAAACAGCAAAUGGAUUUUAACCACAAAGAAAAAAAAAAAAAGCCGCAAAACGUAGUUUUAGCAAAUUUUAAAAUAUUUUCCAGUGUAUCAAGUCAUAAAAUAUACCGUAUCACAGCAGAACUAGACAAAGAGGAACACCCAAUAAAGAAUUUUUGUUAAAUAUAUAAUCCCGACCCUAGGCAUACACAUCUCUGUGUAUCUAUCUAUGUAUGCAUAUAUACACAGGCAUAGAGUGCGCCAUUUUGUGUGUGGGAAUGCGUGUGUAUAUAUAAAAUGGAGGGAUACACGUGUGAGGGUAAGGGAGUAAAAUGUCAUUGACUUUUCCACUGUUUUGUAUGUAACAUUUUACAACUGUGUAAGUUUUUCUACUCUAUGAACCUUUUUUACUUAAAAACAAUUCCUGUUUGGAAAAUUUUCCGUUGUGAUAUGCUAUCAUUUUUUGAAGUAUUAAAAAAAAAUAUUGACUUUUUACCAGUACCUAAUACAGAGGGGGAAUCUUUUCUGUAAAACUGUAUUUAGUUUAAAUAUUAAAGAAAAAUCUAUAUAUGGAAUUUUAAGUGCUGACAUUCCAUCGUGGCAGGACUUCAAAGCUGUUUCCUAAGGCUUUCUGCUGCAGAGACACUCGAACAAAAGGAAAAUGCCUCUGUUAAAUGUUUUUAUAAAACUGCUCCAUCAGGACUAUACUUAAGCUAUAUUUUCUAAAGCCUAAUCAUCCUUUAAUAUGCUGCGUAUAAAUUAUCAGCAUGGUUGCACUUUCUCAGUAAUAAUGUAUGCCCUGCAAUUGGCUCAUGAUAAGGACUUUAGUUUUCUUAACAAAACAAAUAGUACUUUGGCCAGAAGGUAAUAUUUAUAUAGGUACCUCAAGAAAAAAAAAAAAAAGAGCCUGAAUAUGCUGCAUUUUGUUCCUUUAACAUUUUUCAUGUAGCAUUUGUUUGCUUUUAUUUUUUUUUUUAAAGUAGAUUACUAGCUACCUGUUUUGCUUUGGGGGACCCUGGUAGCAUUUCAGACUGUUGUUUUCUAUUGAUCUCAUAGAAUGUAGUAUCCUUCCUUGGUUUCUUGCAGUAGUUUGGGAUGGAAUUUACCCUGCAUUGUGUACGUGAGGGGGAGGGGGACCACGAGGAAAUACACUUUACAUAGACUUCAGGAAAAGGAUACUAUAUUUCUAAAACAGACAAUACAUGUUCCUAAUUCUUAAUUUUUGGGUUUGGGUUGGUGUGUGGGGUUGUUUGUGGUUUGUUUUGUUUAUUUUUUUUUUUUUUUGCUUGUACUGCUUUCUUGACUCUUUUCUCAAAUAUGAGUGUGGAGAGGGGCAGCUUAUUAAUGGAGGAAAACCAAACCGACCAAACUUGCCCUGUUGGUCAGUGUUUCGGAGGUGAUAGAGAAGCGGCGGGACGUGGGCUUGGCCACGCUGAGCGCCGAAUUGCCGGAAUGCCGGCUUUGGUAAGAGUUGUGCCCCGCGUCGGAGCCGGAUCCGCCCUUCUCUCUGACCACUUGCUAGUGUGGGUGCGUCAUCUACUUCUUCGUUUCCGAGUCAGUAAAAAUCUAAAAAUGUGCAGAGAUGGGGAAUUUCUUUGUUGAGAACUGUUGAAGGAAGCUUCAAAGGCUGUGAAAUUGAGCAUUUAUUGUCAUGUUUUUAAGCUUAGGUGGGUCCUUUUCCAAGUUUGUUUUACAGCUUGCAAGGUAAAAUAGUUUGCACUACUUUUGCAAUAAACUCAUGAAAAACCUAACAGUUUCUGUUUUGGUUUCUUACUGUAUAUAUACAACUAAUACUAAAGAUAUAGCAUAGUGUUUUUCACCUCAAAACAUAAGACUUGUAACAAGCUCAGAAUGCUGUAAUUCCUGACAAAAUAAUGAUGUGAAUGAUAUUUUAUAAAGUUAUUUUGUAUGGUGUCAAUUUUGUUUUGCCUCAUAGUAUGUCAAUAAAAUAAAAUUCCUCAUCUUUACAA